UUCUGCUAGCCGGUAGACUAGUAGUGGUCGUGUUGCGGAAAGAUAGAGUGCUUCAGCAUUUUCAGCACAAUGACCGCUUGUUGAGCAAGUCCGGUCUGAUGUAGUUUGAAUACCAAAGAUGACCACAGCAAGAAAGGCGCUUAAGAUAUUUCUCGGCGGGUUCACGUUGGGAGUAGGUGGCUCUCUAACAUUCUUCGACAAGGUCGGCUAUUUUGCAACCGUUGAUGGCAAGUCGAUGCAGCCUGUCUUCAAUCCCGACCAUGAGCAGCGAAGAGACGUAAUUUUCCUGAAUCACUGGGCACUCAAAGACUACAAUGUUCAACGAGGUGAUAUCGUCUCUUUAGCAUCCCCCAAUCACCCGGAUGAAGUUCUUGUAAAGAGAGUGAUAGGACUGGAAGGUGAUACGAUACGAACGUUAAGCUACAAGAAUCGUUACGUGACGGUACCUGAGGGCCAUUGUUGGAUAGAGGGCGACCAUCAUAGUGUCAGUCUAGACAGUAACUAUUUUGGACCAGUUGCGCUUGGACUUGUGCAUGCUCGUGCCUCUCAUAUCAUUUGGCCACCACAUCGUCAACAGCGUCUGGUAGCCAGACUCCCCAAAGACCGUCAGCCAAUCAGCCUGUCAACCUCACUGGAGGAAGAGUUGUUCGGGUACCAGGAAGUGGAUGAAGUAUGAGUGUCCCCAUGUGCUUAACCGUGCAAUCACCACGCAAAGAAAAGAUCCCACAGAUUGUGUAAGUUAUAACUAAUUGUAAAACUAUGCUUCAAUGGACCCUUCCCAUGGAAUAUGCUAAUCACAUUCACGCAUGCGUACAGACCCUGUUGGUUGGCA